AUGGAAGAGUUAUUGUAUGUGGUUCCCGUGCCAUUACGAGUAGGUAACUUCGUCUGUGAUAACUCAGUCUUAGCUACACACAUGGAUUUAUCCAGAUUUAAGGUAAUGUCAGAUGCAGGGUCGUUGUCUAAUUCUGUAACUAAGGUUUCCACCGAGACAGUUGUAGGUUCAGACUAUAGUCGUAAUGUUGAAAUAGGCGUCACAGAAGUCACGGCACCGGAAUUGGAUAGGGAAGGAGAAAGUCCUUUGAUGGAAAUGAUAUCCCAAAAUAAAAGUGAUUUGGUGUCUAGUGAUUUAGCGUUGGUUCCAGAAAGCGAGGAGGAUGAUACGUUAUCGUUGGAAGGUGAACAGUUUAUUGAUAGUUCGUGUUCUUUAUCGGUUGUCAGUGAGAACAGUAGCAUAGGUGGAGAAGAGUUCAUUGCUUCUGAUGCUAAUUCAGAAGUUGGGACACCGCGUUCGGUAUAUGUAGAGAAGACUGUCGGUCCUGUCAAUAUUGUUGCUCACGCUGCUGAUUUGGGGGAGUCGAAUGUUGACACGGAUAUUAUGAGUGAAUCCCUUGCAGUGGCAGUGAGUCUUGACCAAGAGAUUGGAGUUGAGUCGGACCUAAAGCCUACUACAGUUGUUGUUGAUCAUCAGCUGCCUCAGGAAGAGGGAACGAGUGUAACAGUUGUCCGGAGUGUUUUUGAUUUGGAUUAUACUCCGUUAUGGGGAUUCAUAUCGCUAUGUGGAAGAAGGCCUGAAAUGGAAGACGCAUUUGCAACUGUUCCUCAAUUCUUGAAGAUUCCAAUUCAGAUGUUAAUGGGUGAUCGAGUACCUGACGGAAUAAACCGAUGUUUUAGGCCGCAGAUGACUCAUUUCUUCGGAGUAUAUGAUGGUCAUGGUGGUUCUCAGGUGGCAAAUUAUUGUCGGGAACGCAUCCAUAUGGCCUUGGCUGAGGAAAUAGAAUUCGUCAAGGAAGGUUUAAUUAAUGGAAGUUCCGUGGAAAGUUGCCAAGAUGAGUGGAAAAAAGCAUUCACCAACUGUUUCUUAAAGGUUGAUGCUGAAGUUGGAGGAACAGCUAAUAAUGAAGCUGUUGCGCCAGAAACCGUUGGUUCCACUGCAGUUGUUGCUCUAAUAUGUUCAUCUCAUAUCAUAGUUGCAAAUUGUGGUGAUUCAAGAGCCGUUCUUUGUCGAGGCAAAGAACCAAUGGCUUUAUCAGUGGACCAUAAACCGAACCGAGAAGAUGAAUAUGCUAGAAUUGAAGCAGCGGGAGGAAAAGUGAUUCAAUGGAAUGGUCAUCGUGUAUUUGGUGUUCUUGCAAUGUCAAGGUCUAUUGGUGACAGAUAUUUGAAACCGUGGAUUAUUCCGGAACCAGAAGUUCAAUUCAUUCCUCGUGCAAAAGAAGACGAAUGUCUCAUUCUAGCCAGCGACGGUCUAUGGGAUGUGAUGACAAACGAAGAGGUCUGUGACCUAGCUCGAAAACGAAUACUUCUUUGGUACAAGAAAAACAACUCAGAACUACCAUCAGAAAGGGGGGAGACGAGUGAUCCUGCCGCACAAGCAGCAGCAGAGUUCCUCUCGAACCGCGCUCUUCAGAAAGGAAGCAAAGACAACAUAACCGUGAUAGUCGUGGAUCUGAAACCUCAACGAAAGUCUAAGAACAAGACAUGA